AGUGUCUGUGUCAGUAUUUUGAAUUUAAAUUAAAAGUGAAGUAAAUUUAAAGUUCAAAAGUGAAUAUUCAAACUAAAUUUGUUUUAAUUGGUUGAAUUAUUGUGUUGCAUUUUGAGGUUUUGCUAUUACAAAACAAUUGGAAUCCUGCUUUGAUUCAAUCAGGCAAAAACAGAUCAGUCAAGUUAUGUCUGCGGCCAUCGGCAACGGAGAACAGCCGGCGCAAGGUGAAUUGAACCCUGUUAUUUGAGGAACAGAGUCCGUUGUGGGCGGCACGACGGAGCAGGAAACCAUGCUUAAGGAGAGGCAGAGUUUGGAGGGGUCGCCUGCUGCCCCAGACGAGUGCGCCGGCUGCGGGGGGAGGAUACAAGACAGGUUUUACCUACUAGCGGUAGACCGACAGUGGCAUGGUACUUGCUUGAGAUGUUGCGAGUGUCGAUUGCCACUUGACACCGAGCUGACUUGCUUCUCCCGAGAUGGAAACAUCUACUGCAAGGACGAUUAUUAUAGAAUGUUCUGCGUGAAGCGCUGCGCCCGCUGUGGCAACGGCAUCACCGCUAACGAGCUGGUGAUGAGAGCACGUGACAUGGUGUAUCAUCUAACUUGCUUCACUUGCUACGCGUGUGGUACUCUGUUGUCCAAGGGCGACGUGUUCGGUAUGAGAGAUGGACUAGUGUAUUGUCGUCCGCAUUACGACAACGCGUGUAUGGACGAAUACUGUGAAGACGAUAUGAACAGCGUCUACAGGUGUCAAGAUAUGCACAGCGAAGGUGGUUCUCCAUCACAGUUUUACAACGGAGGACCAAGUCUCAAAGGACGUCCUAGAAAAAGAAAACUGGCUCAAGGCUCACCCGAGGACAUUCAGGUGCAAACCAUGCGAAUGACCAGCACAGCACUCGAAAUACUUCAUAGGGGUGAUUUAUCUUCGUCAAUGGAAUCGUUGGCUUACGAUUCUUCAGUGGCAUCACCCGGCAGCGUGUCGAGCCACACUCAACGCACCAAGCGAAUGCGAACCAGCUUCAAGCAUCACCAAUUGCGCACCAUGAAGUCCUACUUUGCGAUUAAUCAAAACCCUGAUGCCAAAGAUUUAAAACAGCUUGCGCAGAAAACUGGUCUAUCGAAGAGAGUCCUACAGGUCUGGUUCCAAAACGCGCGAGCUAAGUGGCGACGUAACAUCAUGCGUCAAGAAUCGAACCAACACGGACCGAUGACUGCGAACGGCAACCCAGGCCACUCGGGUACAUCACUUGUACCAGGACCGGUGUCGACGAACGGUGUCCCUUCUACCAUGAUGUUGGCCGAACCUAUCCAAGGUAUAGACGACAUGAGAGUACAUACUCCUCAUCCGAUAAGUUUCAACGAAUUGUAUUAAUAAUCGAUAAUUAAAAUCGAGUUAUACAUUACUCGCUUUGUAUUCUUUCAGCACUAAAGAUACUCUAUGUAGAAAUGUUAAAUAAAUGUAUCAUGCAUCAAUGUAUCACUUCAUUGGUCUUAUAAGAUUAAAAUACAUGUUGUGGUAUCAAGUUCAUUGACCUCGAAAAUGAACCUUAUUGAUUAAUAGGUAAUAUAAUCACCAUCGUUAAUUAAAAUCACAUAUAUUAAUAAGAUUUAUAAAAAAAGAUAUAGAAGUAUUGUUUGUAGUAAUCCUAGCAAAGAGAUCUAACUCUUUGCCUCACGAAUAUCAAUGUAAACGUAACAUUAAAAAUGCAAAAAGAACAAUCGGUCUCCUUCAAAAACACUGCUGUUCUUUACAGUAAUUACAGUAAUUAUAAAUUACAGUAGAUGUAUUUAUGUGCUUCAAUGUAUAUGUAUUUUGAAAACGCUGAUUUCUUAAAUUAGAUUAUUCCAUAUUGUUUUAGUUUUAUUUAAAAGCUUUAUGUAAAUAAAGUGGUACUAGUCAAAAGUAGUGAUAGAAAAUUAUAUAAUAUUUUAUUUAUGUUAAAUUUCCACGUAGAUGUUUCAAAUGAAAAUUG